AUGGCUGUUCAGACUUUUCAAGCGCCAGCGGAGACGCUUAGCGAGGCGAUUCGCCUCGACCACGUCAUGCUCCAGGAAUUGGCCAGUGGUGGACCACAGGAGAGGGACUGGAGGGGAAUCGCAACGGCUCUUCUCGUCAUUAUGGCCAUCUGUUCGCUAAUCGCUCUGGCUGUAUUAAUACUAACACCAAUGUCGGCAGCCAUAGAUUACUCACGUACACCGCUCAAUCUAACAACGAUGUCUAAACUUCGACCGUCGGUUCUCAACGCGCGAUGGAGUGGUCAGGACGACAUCGUUUACGAUAACGUAACUGGCGGUGUACUUCGACUGUCGGUGAAGCAAAUGACCACGGAUGUGUUGCUCGACAAAGCCGCCUUGGUACGUAGUCAGAGAGCUAUCUUUGUGAAGGAAAGAUACCCACCUAAUAUGUUUCCGUUUCGUUUUGUUCGUUUGUUCUAA